AAAAGAGGUGUGAGGAGUCCCCUGCCUGAGAUAGGGGGGUGGGGGGCUGGGAGUUAAAAAUAAAAUAUUACCCAACUUCAUCAGAACUGUGAGCUGCUUUGCGGUCAACCUCCUGUUUUGAGAAGAGUGGAACUGAUUUUGCAGGGAUCAGCACAGACAGCUGAGCUCACAGCGCUGACACGCGCUUGCUCUCUGACAAUUUAUUUACCCAGCCAUAAACAGAGAUGCUGGGGAUCUGCUGAGUAAAUGCAGGAGAGCAGAAGGCGUUCUCUUGCACACUCUUAACGUCACUGAGCUGUUUUGUGGCUUUUGCCAUUUGUAGUUGCAUCUGAGGAAGGAAUGAUUUGUUGAGAGUGAGAGAGGUAGAGAGAGAUAAGUCGUGAGCAGGAAAGAGCGACUUUAACUUGCUGGAACAUGGGCUAUCCAAGGCAAAAAAAUAAAGCUGGUUUUCUCUGCGCAUUGCUGUUAGCAUGGCUGCUGGGCUCCGCGAUAGAAUGUGAGCAAAGAGUGCGGGGGAUGAUUUUCAGCGUCUCUGACAGCCGGACCUCCAUUGUCACCUCGACCACUGAUGACAUGACCCUCGCCUACCAUAACAGCACCGAGUCCAACAGUGUGUUCCUUAUUGAGGCGCUGAAUGCGCUCCAUGCUGAGUCAAACAAUCUCAUCCAGAAAUACCAGAGCUAUCUGACAUUGAAUGAAAUCCUUCUCAACGAAAUGGCGAACCGCAUCCCGGAGGAACAAAACGACGACCCCAUAGUGUUGCUUUAUCCGGGUGAACCCUUCACCUUAGGGGGGAAGAACACCCUGAAUUGUUUUGUGAGUCAUCUGUUUCCGCCAGUGGCCCAUGUGUCCUUCCUGAAGAGCGAUCAGCCCCUAUCUGGGCAAGUGAGGUCCUCGCAGUUCACCUUCGACAACAGCUGGAUGUUUCAAAUCUUGAAAUAUGUGCAAAUUGAGCCUGCUGUCGGGGACAAGUAUUCGUGUGUGGUGGAGCUAGUCACCAAGGAGCAGUUCCGAGCCUACUGGGAGGCAACAGCGUCAGACAAUCAUAAAAACCCAGUACAGAUUGCAAUCUGCACAGUCGGCUUUGUGAUUGGUGCCCUGGGGAUGAUGACUGGCCUCUGCCUGAUUUUCUACAAGCAGGGAAAUGAGGUGGGGUCCAGGGAUCAGCAAACCAUACCUGCAGAGGAGCCACAGGACUCGAUGCUGAAUGGAGAAGGGGCACAAGAUGAAGGGACCCGUGUGGAUCGGAGUGAUCCAAACCAACCAGCAGAAUGUUGAGCCAAUCUGUGUCCUAAUCUGAUCUCACACACACACUCUUGUUCCUCAAAACUGUGUUCCCUUCAAAUAAAAAAUUACAUAAUUUCUGCAAA